GCCGUACACAGAGGUGCCAACUGGAUUUUGUAAAUAAUGCCUGCAGCUACGCUGAUCUGAGUGCCCGCCGGUUUUUUUUGCUUUCCUGAUUGACCUUUUAAAUGCACUGCGCACCGAUGCUCGUCGAUCGCUGGAUGAGUGCACAUUAGUGUGCGCGGAUUAAGCACUGAAGUCUACAAGCAAUGCGGGAACGCCCAACGUGAUUGACGACCAGUUCCUAGUUGAGCGGUCAAGUCGGCCCAGGGGCAGCCUUGGUUGAGAAGAACGGGGCCAUGGCGACGGGCGAGCGAAGUCUGGCGGAGAAACGCCUUCUAGAAAACCUGCAAAAUGAUCUGCGGCUGCUCUCCAAUGAGGCGAAGAAGAAGCACCCGCCCUUGAAGGAGGCGGCGGAGUCUGGAAUCAUCAAAGUUCGGAAUGCGGCAUCCAAGCACCAUGACCUCAGGCUUGCCCUGCUUUCCGAGAGCCCGGAGAUCUUGGAGCCCUUCUUCCUUGGCUGUGAUACAAGGAACCCGAAAAUUGUUCAGAUCUGCCUGUCAGCCAUCCAGAAAUUGAUCACCUUUGAAGCAGUCUCAUUGACGGCAGCUGUGAACAUCAUCACCUGCCUCUGGAAUCUCAUGGAGAGCGGGAUCGAGGAACUGAAACUCCUGCAGACUGUCACACUCUUGCUCACGGCCAACACAGUCGUACAGGGUGACGCACUAGCCAAGGCCAUCGUGCUGUGCUUUAGGUUGCACUUCACUAAGAACAGCACCACCAACAACACCGCAUCGGCGACCGUCCGCCAAUUGGUCUCCGCUGUUUUCGAGCGUGUCCAGGCCGAAGAUGCAGCAUUGGCAGAUGUGGUGAAAACGGAGGAAGUCAACUUGGAAGAACUGAAGACUGGUAGCCGUUGCCCUCCAAAGUCCUUGCAACCAUGUGCAGCGGAUGCCUUUCUUCUGUUCCAGGACCUGGUACAGAUGGUGAAUGCCGACCAGCCGCUGUGGCUGGUGGGUCUGACCGAGAUGACCCGCACGCUGGGCCUGGAGCUGGUCGAAUCCAUCCUGGCGUCGUUUCCGGAAGCGUUCCUGCGACACCCGGAGUUCCGAUUUCUGCUCAAGGAGCGUGUUUGUCCCCUGGUCAUCAAGUUGUUCUCGCCCAAUGCCCGGCAGGCACCCGACCGGCCCUUCUUCCCCAUCUCCAUGCGUCUGGUGCGAGUCGUCUCCGUCCUCAUUCACCGAUUUUACGGGACCCUGGUGACCGAGUGCGAGAUCUUUCUCUCACUGGUUGUCAAGUUUCUAGACCAUGAAAAGCCAAACUGGCAACGCACACUAGCUUUGGAGGUCUUGCACAAGCUGUGCUCACAGCCCGAACUUCUCAAGAGCUUUGUCGAGAGCUACGACAUGAAGGACCACAGCACCAAGAUCUUCCAGGACAUGGUCAACGCCUUGGGUGCGUACGUGCAAGCACUCUUCGUGAGUGCCCCGUGCCACCACCAUUAUCAUCACGGCGGAGGAGGCGGUGGCUCCAGUGGUAACGCGCCACCCCCUGCGGUACCACUCGCCUCCAGCGCACCUGGAAGCGGCAACGCGUCCUCGAUUGCCCAGCCGCCCCAGGCGGCCUUUCUGUACCGCGGCGUCUGGAUGCCCCUGCUUCCGCACGUUGCCACUCCCGGCAUCUGCAAGGCCACAUACAUGGAGAUGCUGGAUCGUGUGGAGCCUCCCGUGGUCGCCGAGGGCUACGGGGUGUCCCUGGGAUACGUGUGCCUCCUGGACGUUGUGCAGAGCAUUGCCACCGUGGUGAACCAGUCCAAGGGUGCCACGGCGAACGACUCUGCCGCCAACCUGCGCCUGCACCGUCAGCUGGUGUCCUCCUCUUGGUGUGGGCUGCUGGCAGCCCUCUCACUCCUCCUCGAUGCCAGCACGGACGAAGCGGCCACGGAGGAGAUCUUAAAGACGAUGCAAGCGUACGCCAGCCUGUGCGGCCAGCUUCAGAUGUCGACGCCCCGGGAUGCCUUCAUCACAGCCAUGUGCAAGGGCUCCCUGCCACCCCACUACACAUUAACAGUGCUAAACGCCACAUUCCCCAAGGCGUCGGCGUCUCCGCAUCCGCGGGGCGACGGCUCUUCUGAGAGGCCAGGGUCCACAGGUCAGGGCGGCUCUUCUCCUGUACCUCUCCCACAGCAGGGCCCCAACCUGGGUCCCUUCCUCGGAGGUCCCGGGUGCGACCCCCACGACGCUCCUCGACAGCAGGUGGUGGCCGUGGGCACGCCUUUGCCUACACCUUCGCUCGGGGGACAUCAGGGACCCGUUAUGCUGACGGCCAAGAAUCUGCAGUGCAUGCGUGCCAUUCUCGGGCUGGCGCAAGCCCACGGUGCAGUGCUGGGCAGUGCGUGGCACCUGGUUCUCACCACGCUGCAGCACCUGGUCUGGAUCCUGGGCCUAAAACCGUCCACAGGUGGCAGCCUCAAGGCUGCUCCCAAGAAUGGCUCGGACGGCACGGCGGCCGGCGGCGGCACCAACUCCUCUUCAGUCAUCACCACGGCUGUCAUGGCCGACCUGCCCGUGCUGUCUGCCAUGUUGUCGAGGCUGUUCGAGAGUUCCCAGUACCUGGACGAUGUUGCGCUGCACCACUUGAUCGACGCACUUUGCAAGCUUUCAACUGAAUCGAUGGAGCUGGCCUACAACAACAGAGAGCCUUCGCUGUUUGCCGUGGCCAAGCUGCUCGAGACGGGUCUGGUGAACCUGGGUCGCGUCGAAGCCCUGUGGCGGCCCGUGACCCAGCACCUGCUGGAGGUGUGUGCUCACCCGCACACACGCAUGCGUGAGUGGGGUGCCGAGGCGCUCACCUACCUCGUCAAGGCAGCCCUCAACCACUCGCCCAGCGGAGGAGGUGGAGCCGGCGAGGCAACGACGGCCUCCUCCGUUGUGACAGCCGCUGCCAUGGCGGUUUCAUCGUCGGCAUCUGACGACGCAGCAGUGCCGGUUCAUGCAGCGACGGCAUCGCGGAGGAGCUUGCAGGUGCUGCUCUUGGCACCCCUCGUGGAGAUGGCGUCCGCUCACCCCGACAUCCGACAGAAGCAGCUCGACUGCACCCUCUCCCUGCUGCACAGCAACGGCGAGACGCUUACCCACGGAUGGCCCCAGGUGCUGACAAUAAUCGGGGCCAUCUCGGAGAGCCAUGGAGAGGCGCUGAUUCGGUCGGCGUUCCAGUGCUUACAGCUGGUCGUGGCCGACUUUCUGCCGGUCAUGCCGCGGGCCUGCCUCCAACUCUGCGUCGACACGGCCGCACGCUUCGGCUCGCAGAACCAGGAGCUGAACGUCUCGCUUACUGCUGUCGGACUCCUGUGGCACAUGGCGGACUACUUGUACCAAAAUGCGGAGAAGCUGAAGCAGGAAGAAGGCGACUGGGAUGCCCUCUGGAUGUGCCUCUUCCAGCGGCUGGGCGAGCUCUGCGUCGAUCCGCGCUCCGCCGUGCGCAAGAGCGCAGGGCAGACCCUGUUCUCGACCAUCAACGCGCACGGCUCGGUGCUUAGACAGGAGACCUGGCAGGCUGUGCUUUGGCAGGUGCGUGCUGUUCCCUUGCUGGACCGAGUCCGGACGCUAUCGGGGUCGGCCUCGACGGAGAAGGUCAACGACAUGGGUGGGAACAUUCUGAUCCACCACUCGCGCAACACCGCUCAGAAGCAGUGGGCUGAGACGCAGGUGUUGACGCUGUCGGGCGUUGCAAGAGUGUUCCACGUCAAGCGCGAAGUGCUCCACACGCUGGGUGACUUCCCGCGUGCCUGGGCGCUCCUCCUUGAGUUCAUUGAGAACUCGGCCCUGAGCAAGAACAAUGAGGUGUCGCUUUCAGCGCUGAAGAGCUUUCAGGAAAUAUUGCAUUUGAGUCGUCCAACCGACGGAGCCGGGAAUGGUGGCGCCCUCCUGGGGAGAUCUGCUGACCCACAGGGAGAAGCGGCCCUCUGGUGUGCAGCCUGGAAGGUUUGGUACAACAUUGGCAUUGAGAGCACCAGGCCUCCCCCGGACAUCGCCGUUGACGACGCCCGCUUCUCCAACAGCCUGUCUUUGCUGUACAUACCGUCCCAAGCAUUCCUCACCGCACUCGUUCAGAUCUUCCCGCACCUGUUCCAGCACAUCAAAAAUAGAUUCACGGUCUCCGACUUCCAAAAGUUUGCCGCCGUUGUCCAAAACGCUGUCGCUGCACCCGUUCACGGCGAUGCCUCGCCCUUCAUUUUGCCUACCCUGGCCGAAGUGGUCCUCACGACAUUGCAGGAGUCUAUUCUCAAUGCCAUGGACACCCUGCACAAGGAAGCGCUUGCAGGUCCCGACAACCUGCAGGCCAUGGUGCCGUCCAUCUUCGGCCAGCUGUUGAGUUUCGCGUGCUACGCCUGCCAGGCGCCGGCGUACGGAAAGCUGCAGAUGCGCUCCGGUGGUGUGGCCCCCAAGCACCUGGACUGGGUGACGCUCAGCUUUGUGCCAUUCGGGGAGCGCGCCAUGGAGAUGGCCGUGUCCCUCUACGUGCAGACGGCGCAGCGACCGGUCGUCAUGCAGGCCGACAUUCUCCAUGCCAUCGUCAAGACUCUACACGUGCCUCUGUCCAUGAAGUACAACUGCCCGAGCCAAUCAACGUGGAAGCUGGCCGUGACGUCACUGCUCACCGUGCUACGCGUCGGCUUGCCAAUCGCGCACAACAAUGAGGCCCACUUCAAGGACCUGUGGUCGGACCUUGCGGCGACGCUCGAGGAGUUCCUCUUCUCGUCCAGCAAUCCACCACCAACCCAGAGCCUGGAGGAUCAGCAGUGCGAUGAAAUGUUGGACUGCAAGGUGGUACAGCUGAUACGAGAGAGCAUCCUGCCCCAUUCGAGCCACGUGCCGAAGGACUUUGUGCUCAAGAUUGUUGCCCUCCUGAACAAGGGUUCUAUUCAUUCGGCAACGAGUAGCACACCUGUGGAUACAGAGUCCACACGCAAGCUGCGCGAAGAGUUUGCCAAAGCGUGCUUUGAGACGCUGUUGCAGUUCUCUUUUCUCGGUGGCAUCGUAUUGCCAGAGGGUGGCGUUGUCAACCGUCUGGCUGUUACUUCACUUCUCCAUAGGUUCCAGGAGGUUAUCUGCCAUUAUGUGGAAGACGAACAGUUGAGUGGAAAGUGUCCUCUGCCACGGCAUCGCAUGGCCGAAAUAUCGUUCGUCCUCAAAGCCGUGGCAACGCUGACCGCUUCACUCAAGAAGGCUCCGCCAAACAACGUUGAAUGGAGUGUUUGGGAGCAACUGAUCGCCCUGUAUCCCCACCUCGUGAGCUGUAGCACGUCAACGUCGGCCCAAGUCUGCCGAUCGCUGCGAGAAGCCCUCCACGAGUACGCCGAUCUGCUGGCGCCACCCCGAUCACCACCGCCUCAAAGAAACGGUGGUCGUCCAGCCGCCACCUAGCCUUUUCACAGAACUCUUUCUGAAAAGAAAAAAGACCUUCUAGCAUCGCAGUGCGACAUCGGAGUCUGAAUCAUCCAGAUUACCGAAGCACGAACACUUUAAUUGAGACGUACGAGUCGACGUCAUUUGGAACGUUCGGGGAUCUCCCACUGUUUUUACAAACCGUGGCUACGGCUUCUGUGUGAUCACUUUUUGCACUUAUCGUCAAAGGCGACAGGAUCGCUGUUUUAUUAUUAUUUUUUUUACCUGGUCCUCCUGUCAUAUAGUGCAAGCGUUCUGAUGUUUUCCCACAAUCGUGGUCAUUGUGUUACACAUUAACUGUAACAUAAGUUGUGUCUGUUGCGGAACAGGUUUGUUUGUCGUGCCAAUGAUGUGCGGUGGUGCUGUUGGAAAGAUAAAUGAACACUCACUCUCUGGUGGUGCGAAUGCCGGAGAGUUGUCGUUUCUGCUGCGCUCACAGCACCGGAAAAAUAGCAGAAAGACGCAGCUUACAGCGCAUUUUCUCGUGAUCGUUUCAACUCAAGCCCGAAGACUUAGUUAAGCAUAGAGUGAAGCCCUCAAACUAACGUGAAGGACGUCUGGAAGCGAAUCAUUCACACAAAGGUUCAGGACAUUAAAUUCACAAGAUUGCUGCAGGCUUAGAGAUGUUGUACUGGAUGUCUAGUGAGUCGAAUAGUAAUUCAUUCGAAAUAUUUUCUCAAGUGGCGUAUCACUGCGUCUCCAUUUCCAAGCAUAACGAAAGUAGAUUUUACAUCUCCUUCAGACGCGUGAUUACAAAAUUUUUCCUUUCGAUUGAAGGCACUUUUUUUUUUCUGGUGUAUUAGGAACAGUAGCGCAAAAUGUGGACAGGGCAGCUUAAGUGAUACAUCCUUUUACGUUCAGCAGUUCACAGUGGCUUGUCGUACAUUUGUCACUGCUAAAGGAACGCUAAAGCAGUGUAUAAAUUCAGCUGUAUUUAUAAACUUUUAGACUAACGAGAAAAAUCACCGUUGCACUAAUGUUAGAUUUAGUUAGCUAGCAUAAAGGAUGUAAAAGUGAUCAAUGGGUGGCAACAGCAUUCUGAAGUUCCUUGCUGUGACACUACAAAUAUCGAACCCACUCUCAAAGGCCUAAUUAAUGUUUUUAUCGGUAAGAUUUGACUGUGUUCUAUUUUAAAUGAGACAGGAACAAAAAUGAGCAAGUUGUGAGAACUUUUACUAAGAAGUGACUAAUCAAGAAACAAUACUCUCUAUGAUGCCUCACUCAAGUAUUAGACUUGUGUUUAAAAGUAAAAAAAAAAAAACCCUUACCUUAAUUUCAGUACCAUCAUCUAUUGAACCAAUUGCUGUGAAAUUAAUGAAAAAAGUUUCUAAACAGUAGUUUGUUAGUCGCUCUAAAAAACUUUAAAGGGGCCUGCGACAUAAAUUAAGCACAUUUUCAUCACUUCUAGCACUGUGGAAUGCAGUGAUCACAUUUGUAAAUAGAAAUGGCAAAAAGAAAGUGUUUAUCAUUUUAAUUAAAUGGAUAAUCUACCUUAAAUUUCGGCUGCAGCGACACACAACGGCAUUUCUUGAAAUCGGAGGGGACACUCGCUCGUGCUGUAGAUGCUCUUUGUAUGCCUUCAGCCAGAGCACACUAUUGCGCACUGGAAUAUAUAAUGUUGAUCUUUACACUUUAUCAGGUGCAAAAGAACUUUUUUUAGUCAUAACAUUUUGAAAACUAGACACUGCAUGCUAAGCAAUGUCUACUACAAGACAAGACCUUCUACAUUCAAACCUCAUUAUACCAAACCCGAAUCUAACAAAAUAUUGCUUAUAACUUAGUAAAUAACGAAUGGUUUUGCAAUAGCUGUAGUAUUAGGAAUAUACCUUUAUGACAAAUUUUCAGAUAUAUAACAGUUAUUUUUGUGUACGAUGUAAAUUUGUUAUAAUGAGGUUUGAGUGCAUGCUAUAUCUCUGUAAACUUUGCGCAGUGAUUGAAGGUAUCCAGCGACGUCACUGAGGGUCAAACGCGAAAGUAAACAUUGUUGUCCUUUCAGGUUUUAUACUCUGCAGACUGAUAGCUUCCAUUUCCACACACCAGUUUUUAUAUUUCCUGCCACAUUCAUCUCAGUAUUCCAAAACUAUUCACACUCAAGUGCUUCGAGAGUCGGUCAGAAAAAUGUUGCAGGGCCACUUCAAACACACAACCAAGGCAAAGAUGUCCAAAAUUUGUUGCCGCAUGUUAUCAGUAAGGCCAACUGUCUGUCUUAGGCUCGCUGUUUCUCAUUGGUGCUGGCAGCCUGCAUUCAAGUACUGUAAAAAAUAUAGGCUCAUUUUUAAAGUUUGAGGGUAUUGUUAGCACGACACAUUAAGGAGACAAGGCUCGGAGCCGAUAGUCUUCUGCCUUUGUGAUUUUAUUUCUCACGUGACUGAGUUGCAAGUGAAUGUAACACUCCAUGACAAGGAGCAGCCCGCUUUAGUAUUUUCACUGCAACAUUUGGACGGCUUUCAACUUUCUGCCAGUUGAAGCUGCAGAGCAUUGUUCAAAAGCUUCCCAAUUCUUGAUUAUAUACUGCAUGUAUCAUUCCUGCGAAUCAUUUCAUCUGCAUCGAGCUCCGUCGUUGCAUUAAACGCUAGAGUGUGGUUUGGGUUCCACAGUUGUGUAGCCCGUAGGGCUUUCUGAAAAAGAGAUGCCUUUACGUUGUUGUAGAAUAUGUAUUGCUAGCUUUUUCUACAGCGUCUUAAAAUGUAGCAAGCAAGCACCUGGUGUUUCAGUGCUGAAGCAAUGUAUUACAAAUCGUGCAGCGAACUGUAAGUGCAUAUUGUUUCUAAUAACACCACAAAUGUCUCUGUAGGCUGAGGAUUGCAGCAAACUACCAUAGAAUCUAUCCAGUACGUUUUCUCACCAUAAGAUAUGAACUGAAUAGAGCUAGCCGAUGUAUCGCCAGAUCGUACUAUUAGCAUCAUCUAUACUGGGUUCAAAUGUCGUUUCAGCGAAAGAUGUAAGAUCCAUACUACGCCUCUUGUGAGGAUGGGAAAGUCUUCCAGUUCUAGCAAAACAGUUAUCUAGCAGGGAAAUGCUAUUUAUGAGUUGCCAAGCGUGGUGCAAUAUUUGUGGUACAUUCAACUGGCUGUUUUUGUGUUAUUCUCAGGCUUCAGAUUCGGCCCGUUGAAAUUAAGCACUCAUAACAUGUUCACCUGGUUCUGUCAGAGGGUUGAGAAGUGUUCCCAGCCUAGAGCACGACGACGAUCCAGCAGCAUUUUAAACCCAUGAAUUAUCCAAUUCGUUUGGGAACUAGUGAACAUUCCAAUGGGGCGGGCUUUCUCUGGUUUCAGCCUGGGGGAGGUGUGCGCGUGGUUACAAACCAAGACAAAGCAUGGUAUAGACAAUUUACUGGGCGAUUUCAGUGCUGUCAUGUUGAGCUGUUAACUGUAGUAUUUUGCAUCUUUAACUACGAAACAAACAGCUACAAUAGACGCGUACACAUGAAAACAGUGGAGUUUGUGCGUACAAUGUUCCAUGGCCUCAUUGUUCACAUCGCAAUAUACAAAAACCAGAAAACAUCGACUUAACAGCCGAAUAUGGCAGCGUCCACAUCUCUUCGGUAAAAUAGUCUACAGGAACCAGUCGAAUGUGCCAUUGUUAUCUUUUAUCGUCUUUGACAUUCGGAUUUAUCCACUUGGCUCAGCCGUAUCUUUGGUUUUAUCCACAGUGGCAGUUCUGUUCACUUCGUUAUCGCCUCUCCAGUGUGAAAGCCAGAAGCGUGCCACAUUUAACAUGCCAUCCCCACUACAGUGGUUGAGACGAGGACAGGAAGGUCAGCGCCACUGCCUGGCUGGUCGUCCGCAAAAGUCGACACUAGCCAGGACACGAAACGAGCUUCUCAGCUGAAAGCUGAAUGUUCGAAGCAUUUUAAUUUUUUGCCUCUCUCUAUACACAAAAGCAUUAGUUAAUCUCGCAUCACACGCCUACGUAAUGAGACGUGAGCAACAGUACAGUCUCGCUGUACAGUACUGUUCAUUGUUAGCGCUUUGCUUCAACUUAUACUAAUCUGUAAAAAAAAGUGCUGUUUUUAACAUACAAGUUGCAUGUUUGUAAAUGAACAGGGCACAGUACCAGGAGAAGACGACUUAUGUUGACUCUUCUCCUUCCCCCCUUAGCUGAACACAGAUGUCAGCAGCAGUCUAUGGGUCUGAAAACUUGGUCAUAUGUGUCAAAUGAAACUAACUGAAAACGAAGUGAGUGUGUGGUAGCACAACAAUAAGUCGAAGACAUAAGAGGUAGUCCGGAGCAAUCAAUCAAUAUCUUGCUUCCUAUUCCUCUACAAGUCUUUCCUUUUCCUGUCAUGCAUCCAUGCACUCCUUGCGCAUUAAUUUUACGUUUACAAGAGAACUCUGUCGUUAUAUUGUGUCAAUUCUUGUUUUUUACCCACAUGGGAUGCAAUGAUAACGCCACUUGAUCUUCAUAGCGUAACGAUCUACACAUUUUUUGCAACAAGUGUGCUUUACGUUCUAUUACCGCUUUUGUUUUUGCUGUGUACUGUAAACCCAGAAAAAAAUUUCCUGAUGCUGUUUUCAUUGCUCAUGCUGAACUUUGCAUCUUGUUCUAAAACACAUUGCUGUUUGUGGCAGACCCUACUUUGUUUAUAUGCUGCAGCUAUAUUUGAUCUAGACCAUCACUGAUAUUCACUCAGAACAAAUGUAUAUGCAGUUGGCCGUUUUGUUUGCCUGUUUUCUCAUAAGCCUGCCAUUCACGCCUAAAGCAAUCGACUUGUUGCUGCUACUUCGAGGUUGCAGUUUUCAUGUAAAUAAAAAAAAACGCGGAUACACGUUUCUGAAGAUGUAUUUAGUCUGAAAUCUGUAAAAAUAUAUAUGUAUAAUAAAAGUUAUAUGCAUUUAAA